UUUCUCAUUCAAUACACAAAAAAACACACACACAUACAUUUCAACCGUUACCAACCGAAAAAAAAAUACAACAGAAAAAUGUCAGGAUGCAGCAAAAUUCGCCACAUUGUUCAACUCCGUCAAAUGCUAAGACGAUGGAGAAGAAAAGCAGCAAUGACGUCACGCAAAUGCAUUCCUUCUGAUGUCCCUGCUGGCCACGUGGCAGUCUCAGUUGGUUCAAAUUGUCGAAGAUUUGUUGUACGUGCAACUCAUCUAAACCACCCGGUUUUUAAAAAACUUUUAAUGCAAGCUGAAGAAGAAUUCGGUUAUUCACAAUCCGGACCAUUAGCCAUUCCUUGUGAUGAGUAUUUAUUCGAAGAAAUAAUUCGGUUUUUAUCACGGUCUGAUUCGUCUGGAAACCGGUUUAUUAAUCUUGAAGAGUUUCAAAAGAAUUGUCACGUCAGCAGCAUAUUACGUACUAAUAUUGAUUUUUGGCCCGAAUCUCGGCCUCUUUUACGAUAAAAAGAGGAGAGUGACAAAAGUAUACUUCAACAAAAAAAAAAUUAAUAAAACAAACGAGUUGGCUUUGAUUUUGACCCCCGAGUCGACUCGGUCAAUCAUGCACAAAAAAAAUGUAAAUGUGUGAUUCCGGUUUGGGGACUUCUUAGUAAUUUUACCUCUCAAUAUACACAAAGGUAAAGAUUGUUUAGGUGUAUUAUAUAAUGAGAAGUCUUCUGAAUUCUUUUUCUAUUUUUGUUACCUUUUGUAUUAUUACGGAAUUACCCCGAGUGUUACCGAGUCAUCGAGAUGCAUGACUCAUUAACUAAAAGGAGAUGGCAAGACCGAGUCGUCCCGGAUAUAAAUUGGAGUCACAAGAAAAACAGAGGAAUGAAGGAGAAAGAUAGGAUGAGAAAUGGAUUAUUGAUGGAAGAUUGGGGGUCACUUUUGUAAAUUACGAUGUUGAUUUAAUUAAUUUUAUUAUUGAAAUAUUAAAUACAAUUAUAUAUUAUAUUAUUAUUAUUAUA